GGGAAAUCCCGGCGGCCAAUCACAGCGCUCGGUGGCUGGCCCUUGCUUUGCGGUGCCCCUCCACUCCAUCAACGCCAGCCGCCAGUCCCCCCGGGCGGCGCUACCCUCAGCUAGCUCCGUAAACCAGCGAGUACGGCCGACCAGACCAAUGGCACUGCGGCUACCCAUCUCCUCGACCCACGGGCUGGCCUCCUCGCCAGCGCCCAUCUCCUCCACGACGACGUGCCGGCCGGCCGCCGCCAGUGGGAGCUUGAUCCCGCCAGCUGCCCUGGUCGCAGUUGCCAUCCGCUGGGCGUCGGCGUCGGCGUCCCAAAAGAGGGGCCUGCUGCUGACGACGGCGAGGGGCGGCGGAGUCCUCGCGCCGGUGAGGUCGAGCGGGAUCGAGACGACGACGACCUCGGUGGGAGCUGAGGCCGUCACCGGGCAGGUCACGGAGGUCAACAAGGACACCUUCUGGCCCAUCGUCGAGGCCGCCGGCGACAAGGUCGUCGUCCUCGACAUGUACACCGAAUGGUGCGGGCCUUGCAAAGUGAUGGCUCCCAAGUUCCAGGAGAUGUCCGAGAAGAACCUGGACGUCGUGUUCCUCAAGCUGGACUGCAACCAGGACAACAAGGUCAGCAAACUAGAUACCUCUCGCGAAGGAGCUGGGCAUAAAGGUUGUGCCGACGUUCAAGAUCCUCAAGGGCGGGAAGGUCGUGAAGGAGGUCACCGGCGCCAAGAUCGACGAGCUAGCGGAAGCCAUCGAGAUAGCCAACAAGAAGUCAGGCUGACAAAGGAAUAGCAAGAUCGACGUGCAGUGCAAGCAAGGAUGAAUGGAUGAUCGAUGAACUAGCUAGUGAAGACUGCGAAUGAAUGCGCCCCGGCCGCGCAUUUGUGGGACCGGCAACAUGCAUGCAGAAAACAAGCUAUUCUAGUUCUUCUGCUUAGGCCGUCCGCAAUUGCUAUCUCAAAUAGCUAGCUGAUGUGGAGCUGAGAGAAGAAUACAAAUAGUAAUUUAUCUCAUCACUAGUAUUUGAUCUCACACGUCCAGUUUCUUUCUUGGAAUACGCGGAAUCUUCUAUCUAUUUGCUAGUCGCUA